CCUAUAUGCGGUAGAGGUGACUGUCAAGGCCAGUUUCUGCGUUAGCUUCGCACGUUAUACUUUGCGGCAAUGUCAUACUCUUCAACUACAGUGUCUACAUCUCCAUUUGAGGGUCAGAAGCCAGGGACAAGUGGACUGAGAAAGGCCGUGAAAGUCUACUUGCAGAAAAAUUACACUGAAAAUUUUGUGCAGAGUACUUUGGAAGGAGGUCUUGAUAAAAUAGAAGGAUCGACAUUAGUAGUAGGAGGAGAUGGCCGCUACUUUGAGAAGGAAGCAGCUUUACUCAUCAUCAAAAUGUGUGCAGCUAAUGGGGUAUCGAAAGUAAUAGUGGCUCAGAAUGCCUUGAUGUCAACACCUUCUGUAUCCUGUGUAAUUCGUAAAUAUAAAACUAACGGAGGAAUUAUACUGACAGCCAGUCACAACCCCGGUGGUCCUGAUGCUGAUUUUGGCAUUAAAUAUAACACAGAAAAUGGAGGUCCUGCUCCAGAAAAUGUUACCAAUAGAAUAUUUGAAAGAACAAAGAGCAUAAGCCAAUACAAAAUCUGCCCUGAUCUGAAUGUUGACCUAUUUAAAAUUAGCCAGUCUACGUACACAGUUGAUGGAAGAGAAUUCACAGUUCAGAUAAUAGACUCUGUGUCAGAUUAUGUGGAGUAUAUGAAGGAGAUAUUUGACUUUCCAUUAUUGAAAAAUUAUCUGUCCUCAGGAAAACAAGUUCUUAUUGAUGCCAUGAAUGGAGUUAUGGGGCCAUAUGCUAAAAAAGUAUUUUGUGAAGAGCUUGGUGCCCCAGAAUCAAGUGUGGUCAACUGUAUCCCCCUAGAAGACUUUGGAGGAAAACACCCAGACCCUAAUCUGACCUAUGCAGCAGAUUUGGUGGCAGAAAUGGCUAAAGGGCAACAUGACUUUGGUGCUGCAUUUGAUGGAGAUGGUGACAGAAACAUGAUUUUGGGAAAGAAUGCCUUCUUUGUGACCCCAUCAGAUUCCUUAGCUGUUUUGGCACACUAUCUGGAAUGCAUCCCAUAUUUCAAAAAGACGGGGGUCAAAGGUUAUGCCCGAAGUAUGCCAACAAGUGGAGCAGUCGACAGAGUUGCUAAAACCAAAAACCAGACCUGCUUUGAAGUUCCCACUGGAUGGAAAUUUUUUGGGAAUUUGAUGGAUGCCGGACGCUUGUCCCUUUGUGGUGAGGAGAGCUUUGGUACAGGGUCUGACCACAUUCGAGAGAAAGAUGGACUCUGGGCAGUUCUGGCCUGGUUGUCUGUCCUAGCCAAUCAGAACUGCAGUGUGGAACAGUGCAUAAAAAAUCACUGGCAAACAUAUGGAAGGAAUUUCUAUACAAGAUAUGAUUAUGAAAACUGUGAAUCUGAUCCAGCCAAUAAAAUGAUGGCAAAUUUAAAUGCAUAUGUUGCUGAUCAAUCAAAUAUUGGAAAAGUGUUCAGUUCUGGGGACAAAUCCUACACAUUAGCCAAGGCAGACAAUUUCUCCUACACAGACCCUGUAGACAACAGUGUCAGUAAGAACCAGGGUAUUCGUUUGAUCUUUGCUGAUGACUCCCGCAUCAUUUUCCGCCUCAGUGGGACAGGAAGCAGUGGCGCCACCAUUCGGAUGUAUCUGGAGGGAUAUGAGAGCAAUCCAGCUAAAUAUGAAAUGGAUCCGCAGGUUGUAUUGCGUCCACUGAUUGAUAUUGCACUCGAUGUAUCCCAGCUUUCCAAGCUGACGGGGAGAGAUGCACCCACAGUCAUCACGUAGACAUGUUCAAUAGUACACUAGUGUUAAAAGACAUUGUAGCUACUUUAAUUCUAAAAUAAGGCUUGAAUUAAUACAUUGAUGAACACAUAUUAGAAACAUUUUGCAUAAUAUAUAUAUUUAUAAGUGCAUUUUUUAAUCUUUAUUUAGCUGUCCUUUAUGUUCAACAAAACACUCCAAAGCCAUAUGUGUUAUAAUUAUUCUUUAAUUUUUAAUUAAUUUAAUAUUUUUAUUGUACUUCGCAUGUUUUAUUAAUGUGCACAAAAUACUUUUUUAAUUUUGAUUUGAUUACUGUGUACCUGUACUGUUCAUUUACAUAUUAAAUGGGGCUCAGGUUUGUUGAUGCACUGGGUACAAAAACAAACUUGACCCCCAUUUUCUGUGUCAAGUCUGCACGGGUCAAGUAUUGCCUCACAGAUAUCCACUGUAUAACAACAAUUCAGAUAUGUUUAUCAGGGUUAUCAUGUUCAGAUUUUGCAAGAACUAUACAUAUGCGGUGACCGGGUCCUUGGAUUUUUGCCAUCUUUCCAUGUUGACAUAAUUUCAUUUAUUUUCAACAAGUGUGUUGACAAAAAUAGGUUAAGUGGGGAUUAACCAGAUAAUGGGAGGGAGUCAGGUGGUAUGAUUGGGGUCUUAGAUCACCUCCCCAUUAUAAAUUUGGCUACAGCAAAUGAUGUAACCUCAUCAACAGUUAAUCCACUUACUUAAAUGACUGAUGAAGAGGACUGGUGUUGGGUUGUUGUUUGAUGAAGUCUGGCCACAUGAAGGGUGUGAAAUACUGACCAGCCAAGAGUGUUUGAUCUUUAGAUACCUAUAACCCAAGUGUUAAGUGCAGUCAAAGAAAAUGUGUUAAUUAAUUCCAAUAACUUUCUCUUCUAUGAAUGCCUCUGACAAAGUAGGUUAGGGUCCCAUAAAGAGUGGAAAAUUUUCUCACCAAACAUACAAAGACUUUGAUACUGUAAUUUUGCCCCAGGAGUUUGUUAUGAUGGUUCAUUAGCACUAACUGUACCUCUUCCUUUGUAGUGUGGGCCUGAGGGAGGGAGUGCAUGGAUGAUUGGAGUUAUCUAAUCAAUUAUUUUUGCAUCAUUGGUGCUUUGAUUUUAUUGUUAUGGCUUGUUAAUCAAUACUGUUGAAUUAAAGCAGAACUGUGAA